AUGGGGGGCAAGCAGAGUACAGCGGGGCGGCCCCGGGGAGCUUUUCCCGGUGUCUCGACAGAUGACAGCGCGGUGCCACCCUCGGCCCACUUCGGGCACUACCGACAAGGUGGUACAAUGGGGUUGCGGAGCCGCUCGGUGAGCUCUGUGGCAGGAAUGGGUAUAGACCAUAGCGCCGCGGUGCCAUUCGGGUUUUAUACCCCCAGAGGAACAGACUCGGACAGAGCUGGAGGGGGAUCUGGCUCUGAUGCAGCCCAUGGUAACGGCUACCAAGAAACUGGCGGCGGGCACCAUACGGACGGUAUGCUUUAUCUAGGAUCCCGUGGGUCGUUGGCAGACACCUUGCCCCUGCACAUUGCACCCCGAUGGUUUAGCGCCCACAGCGGAUUCAAAUGUCCUGUCUGCUCCAAGUCAGUAGCAUCCAAUGAGAUGGAGGUGCACUUCAUAAUGUGUCUGAGCAAGCCCCGCCUCUCCUACAAUGACGACGUGCUGGCGAGAGAUGCGGGCGAGUGUGUGAUCUGCCUGGAAGAGUUGCAGCAGGGAGACACCAUCGCCAGACUGCCGUGCCUCUGCAUCUAUCACAAAAGCUGUAUAGACUCCUGGUUUGAGAUCAAUCGGUCCUGCCCGGAACAUCCCUCUGACUGA